AUGGUGUUGAUCGAGAGCGAGCAGUUCCUGACGGAGCUGACCCAGCUCUUCCAGAAGUGCAGGUCGUCGGGCAGCGUGUUCAUCACCCUGAAGAAGUAUGAUGGUCGCACCAAACCCACUCCACGGAAGAGUUCUGUGGAGGGCCCUGUGCCCUCAGAAAACAAGUGUCUGUUAUGAGCCAAUGGGAAAAGGAAGAUCAGCACUGUGGUGAGUUCCAAAGAAGUGAAUAAGUUUCAGAUGGCCUAUUCAAAUCUACUGAGAGCUAACAUGGAUGGGAUGAAGAAGAGGGACAAGAAGAACAAGAGCAAGAAGACCAAACCAGCACAGUGACAGCCAUGGCCGUUACCAACGAGCCACAGAAGUGCAGUUUUCCUUUGUGUGCUGCUUUUGGCACCUCCUGUAUGUACCUGUUUUCAUGUAAGGGUCCUUUAAGAGAGAAGA